CCGUUUAGCCACCGUAAGGCCUCCUUCUGCUACUUAUUGGACUCACUGCGCAAGAAGGAAGAAGAAAAAAUGAGCAAGUAUGGAUUGAACCUAAGGCCACAGCAGAAGAAGCAGCCCACUAGGCCUCCUCUUCGUAGACCUGUCGGUUUUGGUGAUGAUGAUGACAAUGAUGUUGAGAGAGAAAUUUCUCGACAUGCUAACAAGAACAAGUCACUCAGGGAUAUUGAGGAGCAGCAGAGGAAAGCACUGGAGCAGGACCCAUCAGUAUUUGACUAUGAUGGAGUUUAUGAUGAUAUGAAACAGAAAGCCAUACAACCUCGUGCACAAGAACAACAAGAAAGAAAGCCGAGAUAUAUUCAGCAUUUAAUGAAAAAAGCAGAACAACGAAAUCGUGAACAUGAGAUAGCAUACGAAAGAAAGCUUGCAAAAGAGAGGAGUCAAGAAGAUGACCUGUAUGCGGAUAAGGAUAAAUUUGUCACAAAGGCUUACAAAAAGAAACUUGCAGAGCAGGCAAAAUGGAUGGAGGAAGAGCGACUUCGUGAACUUAAGGAGGAGAAAGAUGAUGUUGCUAAGAAGAAAGAUUUGAGUGAAUUUUAUUUCAACCUUGACAAAAAUGUUGCGCUUGGUGCAGAAGAUGCAAAGUCAAGGAAAGAGAAGCAGGCUAAAUUAGUGAAGCUAGAGGACCCGGCUGAAGUGAUCGAGCCAGAGAAACAGGUCGGAUUAAGGAAGCCGGUAAAACUUGAAGAGGAAGAAAUCGCUGGAGCACCGAGGCCAUUGGAGUCUCCAAGGGUGAGGGAGGGGGGUGAAGGUGAAGAUACAACUAUGUCUGAAACUGUUGAACCCUCGGAGGAGAAGCCAGCUUCACAAACAUCAGCUGAGGAAAAAUUGUCAACUGAAGAGCCGCCAGCAGAUCAACUAAAGGCUAAUCAUCAUAAAAGAGGUGAAGAUGCGGUGGUUGCUGCAAAGGAGCGCUUUUUAGCUCGAAAGAAAGCAAAAGAACAACAAAAGUACUAUGAAAACUAAUAUAGUUAUCCCCGUUGUUCAAUCUAUUUGGUUUUGUUAUUCUCCUAGCAUAUACUAGUCGUGAUAUUCAGUAUUCUUGUGCUUGUGUUUUCCAGUUAUCAUCAUUUUACUGGACCAUGCUGGACAGUGUAAGAUGAUUUUGUCUUACGUUAUUCAUAGUUGAUAAGCUUGAAUAG